AUGAAGCUCAUAGUCACAGUCGUCUAUAGCGCAGCUAUUGCUUCAUGCUUCCCCAAUCCAAUGCCUCCAAGCACCAAAACUGCCGCCGCGCCCAUCUACAAUGCCCCGACCUUUCUUCGGGCUCGCGCUCCUGAUCCCCGUCAAGAGCUAUACCAACGAGCUGUUGAAGCACAAACAGCCGCCAGGCAACCUAGGCUCGAACCCAACCACUACUAUUACUUUAUAGCCUGCGGCCGUGGAGACAACACUUGGGCUGAGUUCAAGGACGGCAUUGACUUGAGAAUACCUAGGCCCCAGCCAAAAGAAGGCCGACCGCCCUUACCUGAGACCCCGAGCGAACUCAGAGCCAAGAAAGAUGAAGCGGCGUGGAAGAACGGUCAAAAACGUGUUAAGGAAAAGACAGGCUGCGACCAUGUCGGAUUUGUCGUCGGUGAGGUCGCCAAGCCUGGCGUUUUCACUCAGAAGCUAUUAUUCAAAGCCCAAUUAUACUAUGUGGUUCCGGUUUCCUCUCCCAGCCGGACGGAGAGAGGCUUGUCUGUUGCCAGAUGGCAGAAUUGA